AUGAGUUCGUGCUCUAGUUUCGAAGGUGAUGGCUCGCAGUCAUUUCCUGAAAGGAACACGUUAGGCGGAGAUAAUAUUGGACACGAGGGAAAUAUUCUUACUCCAUUUACCUACCAAUGUAGGAUUUCAAAGUUGCAGUAUUUAAAGAUGUACUUAAUCACUGUCACAAUACUUCCUUUUCGAGUUUUGGUGUUUCUAUUACUUUUCGCUUUUACGCUUCUUAUGUCGAAUAUAGUAUCAAUUGGGUACGACGUGAAAUCUCACACAAAACCUAUCUGCGACUUCAGAAGGUGGCUUCUCUUGCCAAUCAUACGUAUGUCUGCUAGAUUCGUCUUCUUUAUUGGCGGGUUCCAUUGGAUUAAAUUUCAAGGAGUACGUGCAUCACGCAAAGAAGCUCCUAUCCUGGUUAUUGCACCCCAUUCGUCCUUCCUUGACGCUCUUGUUGUUGUGGUUCUUGGCCUGCCCUCAAUUGUUGGAAAGACGGAAUCAGCUGAGUCUUUUGUUGGUGGAUUCCUCAGAAUGCUUCAGCCUAUUUUGGUUAACCGGGAAGAUCCUAAUUCUAGAAAAACAGCAAUUCGAGAGCUUAUUCGCCGUGCAAAAUCAGAGGACGAUUGGCCUCAGAUUGUUAUUUUUCCCGAAGGCACUUGCACCAAUCGAAGCUGUAUCGCCAAAUUCAAAUCAGGGGCCUUCAAUGCGGGUGUACCAGUUCAACCAGUAAUCGUUCGUUGGCCAAAUAAAGUGGACAGCGUGACUUGGGUUUGCGAAGGUCCUGGUGUGUUAAAACUACUUUGGUUGGUGAUGUCACAGUUCAACAAUAGACUGGAGGUCGAGUUUUUACCAGUUUAUCAACCAAAUGAAGACGAACAACUGGAUGCUGAAUUAUAUGCUAAUAACGUCCGUCGUAUCAUGGCAGAACGUUUGAAUGUUCCGCUCUGUGAUUUAUCCUACGACGACUACUGUCAAAUGCGAAUCGCAUUCAAGUAUAAAAUACCAGCUUAUGAAGCGGCGGUCUAUUUGAAUUCUUUACUUCAAAUGAUGUAUACACUUGAACAUAACUGUGAUCCGAUAACCGAUGAAGAUAAACAAACGGAAUGGUUUCAAACUCGUCUUGAAAGCAUGCUUGAUGUAUGCCAAAGUAAGCCGUACUUAUCACGAGCAGAAUUUAUUCAAACUAUAUUUCAAACAAGCUCACUGAAUGCAAAAGCUAAUUAUUUAAUCGAUUUGGUUAUGAAAUACUAUUAUAAUCCUUCAUCAAAUAAUUUGAAUUUCCGUAUGUGUAUGGUUCAUGCAUCUAUGCUGCUUUUUCCGAAAUUGCCUCAUCGAGCUUUUUAUUAUGCUUCAAAGGCAUAUAGUCCGUGCAUUUCAAAAACUCGUGUGAAUAUGAAAACAGUUUGGGAAAUUAGUCGUUCUGAUGCAGCGGAAUUAUUAAGUUUUGCGUUCACUUUGGAUAAUGAUCAAAUAGUUCAACUCAUACUCGAUUAUGCUUACCAGAUGCAAGAUUCUGCUUCUUCAAAUGAUUCAUCCUGUGGAAUUAGCGGGGAAUACUUAUACGAAGGCCUUUUAUACUACUUGCCUGAUGUGGCUAAAUGUUAUGCUCAUUUUGAUGAUGAAGUCAGUAAAGUUUUCGGUCGUCUUCGUCGUCCAUUAGUUGACUCACCUUCUGCAUCAGAAAGUAAUCUUAAUGAUUUAACGUCAAUACAAGCUGUUCCCGGAGCUGAUACUUUUAGUGCUACAAGCUGUCCACACAUCCCGACUAUCCAAAAUAAAAAAGCUCAAAUAUUGACCAAUCAUUUUGAGUGCAUUGAUAUUGCAGAAAUUCCACCAAGAGAAACUAGUAAUUAUUCUGAAAAAUUAAUGGAUAAUGUCCAUCUAACCAACAGCCUGCAUAAAGAUGAUCAAAGUAUUAAUUUUCGCGGGCGAUAUUCUGAGCGUGGUAUCUUGUACAACAUGAAAAGAAAUAAACAGUCCAGUAAUAUUACACCAAUGGAUGUGGAAGAACGCUCAGAUGGUAAGGACGUUUUUUUAGAGAAAUGCAUUUCAUUUGCUGAAAUUACCUCCACUGACCGAGCACUUGGAAUGAUGUAUCUUCAAAAAUAUAACUGGGAUCUUGAGCUUGCGGUGAAUCAAUACUUCUUAACACAACAAAAUAGUUCCACAAGUGAAAACCGAAAACGCAAACGAACUUAUCAGCAAUCAAAUGAACAGACGGUUGUAAUCGAUCUUACGAAUUCUGAUGAUUCGUGUAAUAAUAGUUUGACAGAUCAAACAAUAUCAACAACUACGCCUGAAUCAAUGGAAAAUUUGCCAAUAUUCAAUGUUUUGUCGUGGAAUAUUCAAGGUUUAGAGUCGGCAAAUUUAAACAAACGAGUGAUAUCUGUAGUGGAGACUAUAAAAAAAGAAGAAUUCCAUGUUGUAUGCUUGCAAGAAGUUAUACUUGUUUGCUUAGAAAUUCUCCGUGAAAUGCUAGGAUCGACGUAUCACAUUUUUUCCGCAUCUGAUCACAAUUCUCAGUGGCAGUAUUUUGUUGUCAUUUUGGUUAAAAAGCAUCCAAAUAUAAAAGUUAACUCGGAUUCAAUUAGUAUCCAACCAUUUCCAAAUUCUAUCAUGGAUCGUCAUCUGCUAUCUGUUGAUCUGAAUUUAUCACAGUUUCUACCUCAGUCCAGCCUAGAAUUAAAUUUACGAAUAUUUACUGCACACUUAGAAAGUUGUGCAGAAUACUCUGAUGAACGAGUGGCCCAGUUAAGAAGCGUUUGGGACACAAUGUCAAAUUAUGUCAAGUGUGAAGAUGCUAAAGCUGGCUUAAAAAGAGAUCGUGCAAGUAUAUUUUGCGGUGAUCUUAAUCUAAGGGAUUCAGAGGUCAAUGUGUUAGGUGGCUUACCUUAUGGGGUACAUGAUGUAUGGAAUGAAUGUGGACGUCGUACUGAGAUUAGAAAUACCUGGGAUCCUAUGCAUAAUCCAAAUGCUCGACUUCAAUUUAGAGGUACUCCUCGUGCUCAUAUGACUUUUAGAUAUGAUCGCAUGUAUGUGUUAGGUUCCAGAUUGAAACCCGUUGAUUUUGGCCUUCGCGGAAUCGAAAAGGUUAAAAAUCUUUCAUGUUUACCUUCUGAUCACUGGGCUAUACUUGGUCGAUUUUUAUUGAAUGCUUUGUAAUUUUCACUACUGUAACUCUUAUGGGCCACUUUGUUUUGCAUUAUAAAAAUUUACACAGCUUUCUUUCGUGAAGUUUCUUCACAAUAAUGUAUAGAAACAGAUUUUCGAAAUUACAUUUUCACAUUACCCCUAUUUUUUUUCAUGCCACUACUACACAUAUAUCAGAUAGCGGUCCCAUCUAUAUCAAGUACAAUAAAGAAUAUUUUUAAGUUACUUUCUUAUCUAACUCUUGA